AUUUCUCAUAAUCAAAGAGAAGAAGAAGAGGAAGAAAGAAGAAGCAAAAAUGGCGGAUACGAGACCAAACGUCGCCGUUUGCAACGACAGGUGUGGCUGCACCGUUCCUUGCCCAGGUGGCAACACUUGCAGGUGUACAAGUGGCGGUGGGGGAAAUGAGACGAGCAGUGGAAGGGAUCACUUGACAUGUUCGUGCGGAGAGCACUGCGGCUGCAACCCUUGCUCCUGCCCCAGCACCGUCGCCGCCGGCACCGCCUGCCGAUGCGCCGCCGCUUGCUCCUGUGCUUCUUGCCGACCUUGAUCUCUCUCUCUCUCUCGCCGGCCGGCUUCUUCUGUAUUAUUAGGUUAAUCGGCACAUGAUUAUAUUAAUGAAUCUGUGUUGCUUAAGGCUCGUCCAAAUAAUUUUCUGCUUCUUGGCCCCUUUAUUUUCAUGAAUAAUACAUAGCAUGUGCAUUUCGUAUUA